AUGUUCCACAGAUUAUCGGCCCCGAUCGCGCGGCGGCGGAUAUCGUCCACCCCACGGAGCGGCUUCAUCUUCGGGACGCGGUCCCCGCCCACGCCGCGGCCCGUCACCGACCAUGAGAUUGCCGCCCUGGCGCGGCACGAGCUGCACCCUCUAAGCCUUGCCGACCUUAUCUCCCACGGCCGCCCUCCGCUCUCCGAAUCCGCCCUCCUCUCCUCCGCCAACUUCACCCUCUCCCUCAUCCCCGUCCGCCUCGCCUCCCGCAUCCAAGCCCUCCGCAACCUCCCCUACAUCGUCGUCUCCAACCCCAACAUCAACAAAAUCUACAACAACUACGUCCACUCCCUCUCCACCCUUCUCCCCUGGUACGCGAACCACUCCGCCCACACCCCGGCCAUCCAGACCCUCGAGGACGAGGUCGCCUUCACGUCGGCCCUCGCCGAGCUCGACGUCACCCGCUUCCUCGACGAGCACCUCCGCGUCCGCAUCGGCACCCGCCUCAUCGCCGAGCAGCACAUCGCCCUCCACUACAGCAGCCAGGCCCACGGUGGCAAGGGCCACGGCGGGCCCCAGUACAUUGAGCGCCCCAGCUACGUCGGCGCCAUCGACACCGCCCUCCGCCCCGCCACCACCGUCGAGCUGUGCGCCGACUGGGUCGCCGACAUUUGCGAGCUGCGCUACGGCAUCCGCCCCAAGGUCGUCAUCAACGGCGAGCCCGACACCACCUUUGCCUUUGUCCCCAUGCACCUCGAGUACAUCGUCACAGAGCUCCUCAAGAACGCCUUCCGCGCCACCCUCGAGAAUCGCAUGGCCUCCGAGCCCAUCGACCCCGCCUCCCCCACCCCCGAGUACAGCCUCGGGGAGCACGACGACCCUCCCGAGGCCGACCUCCUCCCUACCUCGGCCACCACCCCCGCCGGCGCUGGCGCCUCCCCGGCCUCUUCCUCCCCCACGACAUCCUCCCCUCGACGAAAACGCCUCGGGAGUCACCAUCCGCAUCCGCGAUCGCGGCGGCGGCAUAUCCCCUCCCUCCUCGAUAAGAUCUGGUCCUACUCCUUCACCACCUUUUCCGCCGACGACGAACUCCCCGGCUCCUCUGGCAACAGCGAUGGUCUCGCCGCUCUCUCCUCCGCCGGCCCCGGUGCUAGCUCUCUCGCCGGUCUCGGCUACGGCCUGCCCCUCAGUCGCGCGUACGCCGAGUACUUUGGUGGUGGAAUUGCUCUGCAGUCUCUCUACGGCUGGGGUACCGACGUUUACCUCCGGCUCAAGGGUGUCGGCAAGAUUGCCUCAUGA